AUGUUAGAUUCACUUCAAACUAAUAGUUUCAAACAAGAACUUUUAAAAUAUCAAUUUCUAUUAUCUGAAGUACAAAGAGGUACAGAUGCUGAUGAUGAUAGACAACCACCUACAACAAUUAAUACUCUAACUACAACUAUUAAUCAAUCUACAAUAACAAUUAAUACUCCAACUACAACUAUUAAUACUCCAACCACAACUAUUAAUCCUAUGACAACAAUUACAACAAUUAAUACUUCACCAAUUAUAACCACUCUUUUACCACCAAGACCAACUAAUUUUCCAAAAAUUUUAACAACUAAAACACUUAUAACAACAAGUAAACCAAUUCUUUCUUCAACUAUAAAACCUUCUA